UCACAGCGCUCGUAACUUUCAUGUAUGGAGGAGUUAGCAACAGUGUCAACAUCCGAAAUGUGAAAUUGCUUUUAUUUUCUAAUCAAUUAUCAUACAUUUAACUAAUUAUGGAUAUAUUUGGAAGACGGCGACCGAAGCCAUCUUUUCUCGGAGGAAUCGACGAAGAAAACCCAACAGAUAUAGGAAAAUCUGAGCCAGAGAGAGUAAUUCAAAGUCAUAGUGAGAAAAAUGAUGAUGAAAAAGAGAAGCAAGAUGUUGAAGACAAUAAAGAUAAUGCCAGCAGUAGUAGCAGCAGUGAUUCCAGUGAUGAUGAAGAUUUGCUGAGUGAUUCUGACGAGGAAUGGCACGAUGUGUACACGGAGAAUGCAAAACCUCCAAGUGCUCUGACAGUUACUCAUGUUAAUCACACUCAUGAUUUACAGCAACUAGCCACUGUUGAAGCUGCUGCAAAUGCUGAACAUCAAACCUCUGAUGAAUGGUUGAAAAGUCAUAGUUUAGAAUACAUGAACCUUGAGUUGAAAGACUUGGUAGACAGGGGCAAAGUAGGAAGACUUGAACCAGAUUUGAAGACAGGCAAACCUAAGCAACAUAUACAGUUUGAUGCAUACGAUGUCAAUGAGUUUGAAUAUAAACUCAACUUAAACAUAGAAACCUACACAAAAAGAAUCAAAUGGCUUUUAACAGGAAGUAAAAGGGUGUUCGGAAAUGUAAAGGGUGAAAGAUGUGUAUUGUGUGUUGAUACAUCUGAUGCUAACACAGGAUUUGGUAGACUGACGGCUUUCCAAGAAUCUCUUAUUCACCUUAUAGAUGAACAGUUACCCAGCAAGAAAGGAAUAUAUCUUAUGUCAUUUGGAACAGAUGUAGAUCCAUUGUGGCCGGUCGUCAGGGAUACCAACAUCAGAAUAAUUGAAGAAGCAAAAGAAUGGGUGAUGAGAUUGAAGCAGAGUGGGGGAUGUAAUCUACUUAAAGCUAUGAAACAUAUCUAUAAACUGAAGGAUAUUGAUUCCAUAAUGCUUGUCCUAGGCAGUGUUCCAGACCAAGCAUCAGAUAUCCUGUGUGACUACAUAUACCAGAUGGGUGUGGGAAGAUCUAUACCGUUACAUUGUGUGGCAUAUGAUUGUAGUAACCAACUUACAAAUUUUACAUUGAGGAAUAUAGCAGAAGCAUCUGGAGGGAGAUAUCAUUGUUACACUGCCAGUUGUGAGGAACAGAUCUAUACAGGAACAGAUAUAAGUGUAUUACUGAAGGAGAUACAAAAAGCUCAAGAUGUCAUCAACAAAAUCAAGGAGAUGAGACAGGGGAUGAUGGGUAGUGCUCUCAUUAGUAUAAUGAAUGAGAUCACUACCGAAGUACAGAAGUUACCCCAGUCAAGAUUUUUGCCCCGCCCACCAGGUCAUGAUAAGCCAUUGAAAAUAGAAAUGCCAAAAUUCCAACCUAAAUCAUCAAUAGAGUGGAUCAGACAACAUGGCUUGAAAGCCAAGCAACUAGAUUUGUAUCAAGUGUUGGCACCAAAUGCUUACUCCUACAAAGAAGAGUUUAUACCAGUCAUCAAAAAAGCUGUACAGUCACAAGUACAUGAGAAAGCUAUGGUUCAGUUUAAAUGGCAUGAUGGUACAGUGAAGAAUGUACACGUUGACAUGACCCAGUUAUUUGAGUACCAGAAACAUCUAGCUGCGACUGUCAGCGUGUAUGAAAGUCGAAUUGACUGGCUGGCUAGUGGUAGUAGAAGAAUCUUUGGCACAGUUGUUGAGAAGAAUGUUGUGAUUUUGCUAGAUUUAUCAGUAUCUAAUGUAAACUAUCUAGUACAUAUACAACACUCUAUCAGACUUCUCAUGGAGCAACAACUAGCCAACAAGGACUAUUUUAAUAUCAUUGCAUUUGGAAGUAUUGCUGUAUCAUGGAGACCAACAAUGUGUAAACCAACAAAGGAAAAUCUUCAAGAUGCAUGGAGGUGGGUGUUAGACCUACAGUGUGCAGGCAGCAGAAAUUUCUUGUCUGCUUUCAGAAAGUGUGUGGAGAAUGAGGAAGAGAGGAGCCACAAAAUAUCAUCUGAAGGCAUAUAUUUGUUUACAAGUGGUGUACCUGACCAGGACAUCAAUGUAUGUCAAGGUUUUAUCGAGGAAACUUGUGGUGGCAAGAAUAUCAAGCUUCAUACGAUUCUCUUCAACGUUGAUGAUUAUGAUGCUAAUGGAGCGAUACCCGGCAGAUACGCUAACAUUACACGGACGGCUGAAUGUCUCAGAAACCUGGCUCAUGCCAGUGGCGGCAGAUUUCACUGGAUAAGAGAAACAGGAAUUAUUGAGAGUGAUGACAUUCAGGUGGUCACAACAGAGGUAGAUAAAUGUCUCAACUUCUCACGGAAAUGUCAGAUGUUGAUUGAUAAUGUGAAGAAAAAGUACCACGAGAGAUACCACUCGGAGCAAGUCCUGGCAUUACCGGCACCGGAACGUUCGCAGCGGGCUAGAAUAUCAGGGUCGCAACAUUUAGCUAUCAAGUACGAGGCUGAAGAUGUUGAAACAAGUGAGUCAAAUUUGACGAGACCUCGUCAGAGACCAUCAAGUGCUAAAGCAUCUAGCAGUGAAUCAAUGUUACCUAUGCGGUCUAAAGAUAGACCAUCUACAGCCAGAGACCCAUUGGAUAGAGUAAAGAAAAAGAAGCUCUUGAAGUCCAGUUUUUUCCUGGACUCAGGGAAACAUCAGUGUGGGGAUGGUACAGGAACUGUCUUCAGGAAGUACCCCGCCCCUAGACCGGUCCGUAAGAGUGUAGCCCAUCCCACAAUACCAGACACAGAGGAUCAGAGAACAACAAAGGAGUGGUUGAGAUUGUACAGUUUAUCCAAGUUAAAAUUAGACCUCACCAAGCUGGUGUCAGGACCAGAUUGUAAACAUGUGGAAGAUGGUGUCAAAUCAUUGAAGAAACAAGUCUCUGCCAAAUACUGUGAUAUAUUCCCAAGUAUCAAUGUGAAGGGUACAGUCAAGCAUCUCCAGUUGAUGCCUCAUGAACUAGAGGACUAUGAGAAACAAGUGGAGAAAGUUCUGAAGCGUUACCUUAAACGAUUACAGUGGCUACUCAGUGGUAGCAGACGUGUGUUUGGAACAGUAGUUCACAAGAAAUGUGCAAUUCUGAUAGAUACAUCUGGUUCAAUGGUACCAUACAUGGAGGAACUAAAGAAAGAGCUAGCUUCAUUGAUCUGGGAACAACUGUAUAGACAGGGUUGUCGAUUUAAUCUGAUCCGGUUUUCUGGAAAUUGUGAGAAAUGGCAAGAAAAUAUACAACCAGCUACCCAAGAAAACUGUCAUUCUGCCAUCAAGUGGGCGUCAACAUUAAAAGCCAGUGGUAAUACAUGUACGCUCGAGGCUUUACAGCUUGCAUUUGAUGACCCUGAGAUAGACUCAGUAUACUUGUUAACCGAUGGUAAACCAGAUACCAGCACAUCUCUUGUACUGCGAGAAGUCGCCGAAAAUACGAAAAACCUCAUACCAAUAAAUACCAUAUCAUUCAACUGCAACGACAACACUGCAAACAGUUUCCUUAGUCUCCUCGCAACAGAAACAUCAGGUCGCUACCACCGUUGUCACAGUGAUUUUGAUGCUCAAUUAUUCGCACACAAACUUCUUACAGAUGGAUUUAAUGAUGCCGAGUACCCACAUUUACCGGACCUUGAAGGGGAUGAUCUACGCAGACUUGGCCAGGAGAUCACAUUGGCUAGAAAAUACCUACAACAGGCCAGGCAGUACAGGGCAUUAUACAAAACCAAGUCACAAACGUCAAACACAGCAGAUUCUGGAGAAACUGCCAGAAGUAAGUUAUCACCAUUUGUUGUUGGAAGACCUAAAGGUUCAGCAAGAUAGUUUCCAUAGCAACCACAUCUAGUCUACAAAACUUCAAAGCUUAUAUAAAAAGAGUUUCCUCCCUUAGUGUACACAGGCUCAUUAUAUAUUUGAGAGUUGUUCCCCUUAGAUUACUGACUGAUUAAAUUACUGAAUUUGACAGACUGGUUUUAUUAUUGAUUGGAUUAUCAUCAUAUAUGAACAUGAAAAGUUUAACAAAUUGAUUUUAUGUGAAGUCUUUAUUCAGUUUUGAUAUAUUACCUUGUUUUAAUUAGAAAUUUUAAACAAACAUCAAAUUACUCUAGCUUUAGUUGUAUGGGUGAAAUUUUAGUGUUUUUUUUUUUAAACAUAAUUUAAUAUCUUGUUUCAUGAUAGCUCUGUUGAAAUUAGAAGUUUUUUUUCUUAAUUUGUGUAUAUAAUUUGGUCCAUUAUAAAACAAUUAUAACAUUUAUUCAAGUAGCAUGCCUCCAUAUUUCAUCCAAAUUCAAUGUGAAUAUUUAGAAAGUGUUCAAAACUCUUAAAAAGAUAUCAAUAUGAACUGUAUUAUUAUGAAUAACAAACUAGUUACAUUGUCAAGUGAAAAAAGAUGUUUAAUAGACAUGUUAUACUUACACAUUAAACAUACAUAUGGUGUGCCAAAAUAUGCAAGUUACUCUUUAAGUAUCAGGGUACAAAUAUAGUGAUAGAAGUAAAAAGAAAAAACAAAACGUAUUUUCAUAAAAUCUUCAAAAUAUGACUUGUCUCAAAAGUACUUGUAUCUCAACACUUUUAGAUCAAAGUCUGUCUUUGGAUUCUUUCAUGUAUCUAAUCUAUCUACCUAGCUUUUGGAAAAUUAAUGAAUUUAACUUUAAGUUUUUUUUUGUUAUUAUUGAUUUUUUUUUUGGGGGGGGGGGGGCAUAGUAUUAACUCACCUGGAGUCUUGCGAAUGAAUCGCUACAUCCAACAACAGGAAUAUUAAUGCCAUUGCUAUCUGCAAACGCACAGCAAUUGGAAUUCAGAAUAUUUUAAUGUCCUUUACUUUGUUGCAAGAUAGAUUUGUUUUAAUGAAUUUGAAAUCUGUAGAAAAAAUACAAUUUUAAUUUGUAUGAUACACCAAAAUUAUGGUAAGAUUAUUAAAGAUUAAACCACUGUUUAUGAUUAGUGCCCCAAUGCCACCUGGGACUUUAUACUAUCAUGUUUCAAGAAAUUAAUUGCUAGUUCUUGUUUUAUAAUAAUUGCUUUACAAAAACGAAAAUCACUGACUUUGUAAAAAAAAUUAAAAAAUCACUGACUGUCAUGUAACUGGAUUACAUUAGAAAUAAUGAUAUUUAUUUAGGUUGUUAAUGCAGAAAAACAACAACUAUGCUUAUAGAAAUUUAUUUUUUAACUGGUGUUGUUUUUACAUUGAACCUUGAUCUGGAUCUUGAUAUUGUUGAUAAAGCUGAGACAUUUAUAUUAUAAAUCAAUUUAAAAAAAAACAUCAUUAAUUGAGGAAUAAUUCUGCAUUGAAUGAACCAUUUCAAGGUUGCUACCAGAAGUGAUAAAAUUGUUAUUUUAUGUCUCGAUUGUAGAAUCUAGAAAGUUUAUUUUCAUUUUGUAAAUUCAUGUCACAUGUAGUCAUUGUAAGAUUAUUUACAUGGGUUUUUCUAGUAUUUCUGAUCAAUCUGGUAUUGGUUUUUAGACCAUAUCCUAUUGAAAUAUUUUAAAUGGAACUGCACAGCCAUCUUUUUUUUUUUCGAAAUACCCAAUUUGUUCCAAGUUAUCGAAAUAUCAAAAUGAGAAUUUGAAGUUUGUCAGCCAAGAAAGUUCCUGAUUUAUUGCCUACCAUGUAACAUAGAUUAUGGUAUACAUGUACAUACAUAGAUAUUACCGUAAGUGUUUGGUGAGUUGUAAAAAGUAAUCUCCUUUUUAAAGAGGGGACAUAGUUGUUUUUCAACAAUCACUUAGUUGCAAAUACCAUCUGUCUGGUGAUGGAACAUUCUCUCUUACUACCUUUCUUUUAUCUUUUUUGUGUGCUUAUGAUUCCAAAUAGAAUAGAAUUCAUAAGAAUGAAAACCAGAAUUUUAAAUAAUUUACUUUGUCAUUUUUAAAACUUUUCUUUAUAUAGAAUUUUAACAUUUUAUUUAUUAAAGAUAUUGUGAUAGAUUUUGUUUAAAUAUUUUGUGCAUUUUACAAACAUGUUUUAGAUUUAUAUAUGUAUAUUUAAUAUAAGAUAACCCUGCAUUUGUUGAUCUAUGCUUUAGCUCUAUGCUAUUAGAAAAAGUGAAUAAACAGAAAACACCCAA